CCUCCCAUUGUCACCGCGCAUGCGUGGCUCCGGGAGCGCACAGUGCGGUGACUGGCGGUGCGCUGUCAGCGCCACCUGUCAGUGUCCAUCAGUGCCAGCUCUCAGUGCUCAUCCAUGCCACCUGCCAGUGCCCAUCAGUUCCACAUCUAUGCCACAUAUCAGUGCCCAUCUGAGCUGCCUUUCUGUGUCACCCAUCAGUGCCAGUCAGUGCCACCUAUCAGUGCUGCCAAUCAGUGCCACCUAUCAGUGCCCGUCAGUGCUGCCUAUCAGUGCCCGUCAGUGCUGCCUAUCAAUGCCAGUCAGUGCUGCCUAUCAGUGCCAUAUAUCAGUGAUGCCUUUCAGUGCCCAUCAGUGAUGCCUGUCAAUGCCCAUCAGUGCCACCUACCAGUGCCUCCUCAUCAGUGC